AUGGCACGAGAAGUCAAGCUGCUUCUUUUAGGUGCCGGCGAGUCGGGAAAGUCAACCGUGCUCAAGCAGAUGAAGUUGAUUUACGCGCAAGGUUUCAGCAAAACGGAAAAGUUGGAAUGGAAGCCCGUCGUAUUCAGCAAUAUCGUCCAGUCAAUGCGCAUAAUAUUCGAUGCCAUGGCCGAUUAUUCCAUCGAAUUUGAAAACAAAGACAACGAGAAAAACCAAGCACUGCUACUUGUUGACGUUGAAAUUUCGCCUCACGAUUCGCUUCCCCAGGAAUACCUCGAGCCGGUCAAAGCCCUUUGGGCCGACAAUGGAGUACAAAAGGCCAUCCAAAAGGGCAACGAAUAUGCUCUUCACGACAACCUAUCAUACUUCUGCGAAGAUGCGGACCGCCUCUGGGCUGCUGAAUAUAUCCCCACCGACCAAGAUCUGCUACGAUCACGUUUGAGGACGACAGGCAUUACCGAGACCAUCUUCGAUUUGGGCCAGCUAACAUAUCGAAUGUUCGACGUGGGUGGCCAAAGAUCGGAGCGAAAGAAGUGGAUUCAUUGUUUCGAGAACGUCAAUGUUCUACUGUUCCUGGUCGCGAUCAGCGGUUACGAUCAAUGUCUGGUUGAGGAUAAGGAUGGCAACCAAAUGAACGAAGCCUUGAUGCUUUGGGAAUCUAUUGCAAAUUCGCAUUGGUUCACCAAGUCGGCCCUUAUCCUCUUCCUUAACAAGAUGGAUCUUUUCAAGGAGAAGAUCGCAUCGAGUCCUAUAACGUCACACGGCUUUGUUGACUACCAAGGUCCGGCAGACGAUUACAAGCAAGCAAGCAAGUACUUCAUGGACAAGUUCAGGGCUUUGAACCGGAACCCCGAGAAGGAAAUUUAUGGUCAUUUUACCAACGCGACGGAUACAAACUUGCUUAAAAUCACAAUGGGCUCAGUGCAGGACAUGAUCAUCCAGCGCAAUCUGAAGCAGUUGAUACUGUGAGUCGCCUGCUUCUGUAUUCCGAAUCUUUCUUCGCGAAAUCGAAACUGGCCAUACCACAAGUUCCCAGUGGUCACUGGGGUGGCUAGCGGUUUCGCUGUAUCGUAUUGCGACGCAUAGGGUAGCAGUCCGACUGAACUUUCCGAAGUAUAUAGCACCUAUUCCGCGCUUGUCUACAUAGCCAUACGAUUACUAUUUACGAUGUCACGAUGCGGCCCGGUCUCCGCAGUAUAACGCCAUCGUCAUCGCCAUCGCGAACGCGUUGCGGACCACGGCCCGCGGCCCGCUACUAUAGACCGAGAUUUACUUCAAUUAUUGGCUGGCCAAGGGGACGUUUGCGUAUUCGAAUGAGAGCGGUUCCCUCUAUUCGUCGAUAAUUGUGGAUUGCGACGUUGCGAGCAGACAUUCCCUAGGGCACCGACGGGCGGAAUUGAUACGAAUAGCAGCCUUUUAGGCGUUCUCUUGGGUCGACGUUAUAUCUGCAUUGGACGAUUACAAACU